UAAAGUAACAGUUUUUUGUUACCUUCUCAAGACGUUCUCUCGCUUUAGAGUGGCAGUCUAGGCCAUGUCUAUGUUUCAGACCAACAGUAAGAGACAUCAGCUGCUCAGCUCGCCAGCCAAUCAGCGCCUCUGUGGCGUGACGUCAUCAUAGUUCGGGGAGCGGUUCAAACGGACACGUCACAGCAGGUGAAGAAGCUGAGUGUUCUGAGCGCCGCGUCAGAGUGAAGUGUUCUACUGAAGGAGAAGCACUGAGGAAUGUGAGAACAGCACUUAAAUAGAAAUGGAUAUGAAACAGCAAAGCGAGCAGGAGUGCUCCCCCAGUCCCACAAGCUGUGGGUGCUGCAACUUUCACUUUCUCAGGUGGGCCCUCUUUCAUAGGAGGAUUGGCGUCCAGGACAGUCAGAGCGAGGACGACAAAACAAAGAGGCCCACAAAGAUGAGUGUACGGAGACUUAUUAAAAGACUCCAAAAAACAGGGCAGACUCCAGUAGUCGAGGUCAGGAAAGAUGUGAGAGGUGUGAGCUCUGAGUUGGAGAGCCUGCAGGAGUCUACUGAAUGCAGCUCCUCGUCUCAGCCUGGUCCGGAGGUGCAGGAGAAGAAGACAGUACCAUUAGUGCCACUCGGAGAGCCGGUGGGGGUGCUGUCAGUGACCAUCAAGAGCUGCAAAGAUUUGACUACAUUUACUUAUGUAAAGUCAGGAACACUGGGAGCUGUGAGGGUCACUUUUGGAAAACUGCAGAGAAGCACAAAACUGCAGCUCUACAAGGACCCCAUGAUCUUCAAUGAAAAGAUGCACAUCUCCGUUCAGAUCAGCAAGGAAGAUGUUUUUGGGGACAACGACUCCAGUGUUCUGAUGGUGGAUUUGCUUUGUGUUGAUGCUCAUACACGCGUCUUCAGAAUCAUGGGCAACGACACCAUUAGUCUAAUGGAAAUUUUAAAUAAUCCAUCACCAAUUUACUUGUUUGAUCUGAGGCUCCAAGAUCAAAAAGUUGGCACGGUGGACGCAGAGUUGGGGUUCACUUACGGCUUUAUGGGCUAUGGAUAUUCUCACCAGAUAACACACAGUGAAAAAACUGUAAAAAGUCUGGUGCAGAAAUCCUGCUUUCUCCGCUGCCCUCCUCCUGAGGAUCAAAGUGAUACACACGAUAAUGAUGUGAGCCCUUCUACACUGCCCCCAGUGGACCUCGACUCACUGAUACAGUCAGACUCAGUGAGUAGUUCUGAACCUGCAGGCCUAGUGGAACAAGCUAUAAGGAGGAGAGCCAGGCUUUCACGUCUACAAACUAAAUGGAAGACGUUGGAGAGCAGUGAGGACAGGCUGACAUUUCUGGAGAAUUUGAUCAUGAAGAAGGGCCCAUCUAAGUAGGAGGAAGGGAGGAGGAGAUAGAAAGCCAAGGAGGAUAAAGAAACAUCCUGGCCAUGUUCGCACCAUCUAACCGCCCCACCAAACACUGGUGAAGUCACUGUGCGGAAGUGAUCGGAGUGUUGGAUGCAGAACUGGCGGCCCCUUAUGGAUUCCUGGGCUAUGGAUUCUCACCUGAUAAAACAUGCAGGAAGAACUAUGACGAAUCUGGUGCAGAAAUCCUGCUUCCUCCGCUGCCCUCCUCUUGUGGAUCAAAGUGAUACACACGGUGAAGAUGUGAGCCUAAAGUUGUGAGAUGUGAGUUCUGAACCUGCAGGCCUAGUGGAACAAGCCAUAAGGAGGAGAACCAGAUAAAACACACAGGAACAACUAUGAAGAAUCUGAUUGACAAAUAAAUCCAAACCACUGAGACAUACCCACAUUCAGCUCCACAAUAAUUAGAAUAAUUCAUCUCUCCAUGUUUGAUCUAUAAUUUCAAAUUUAUCGCUGUUUCUGUCUCUCUGUUUCUGCUUGAGUGGGUGAGACAGCGAGGAGCAGUGAGUGCAGGACAUCCGCUGGGCUGUUAGACUGCAUAGAGAAGAGAUCAGCUUGGCUGAACUUGGUGUAGGCCGGGGUGAACAUAGGUUGUUGCGGCAACUGAGGAACCAUUGGAGGACUGCAAGACAAAAUAUAAAAAAGAGAACAGGAAAGAUGGAAAAACAGGAAAGAGUGAAAAAAGAACAGCAUUCAAGAUGAAGAUGUAACCAACCCAGCCUGGUUGCCAUCACUACCAUCACAACCUGUCUCCACUAAAUAGAGAUUUUAUUUAAAUAAAACCAAAGCAACA